AUGUCUCUUAUCAACUCAAGUUCUUUGAAUUCAGGAAAGCAUGACUCCCCAACUGCCGUUAUUGGUGGUAGUCUGGAUGGCUUUUUCAAGCACAUCCAUGCGCUGGCUUCAAGCUCUGAAACCCAAAUAGCAUCAGCGAUGCAUAGCGAGAUCUCUAAACUGCGCAAAGAAAUCAAUGUUAGAGAUGGAGAGCUAAAGAAAGUCCAAAACGAGGUUCUCGAUAUCAAGGAAAGAAAAAGAGUCGCUAUUGAAGAGAUGUUUGCUGCCAACGAGAGCGAAAAGGCAAAACAGAAGGACUUAGCUGCGCAAAUCAAAUCUCUUUAUGCCACUGUCGACGAAAAAGAGGACAAUAUUAAAGAGUACUCGACAAAAUUACGAGGCGCUGAACAGCAGAUAGCGGAUCUCAAAUCGGCUAACUCGCAAAAGGCCGCCAAAGUUUCCCAAUCUGCCACACAAAUCAACACACUCGAGAACAACUUGAAAGAAAAAGAGAAGACGAUUGACAAAAUGAAAACCGCUGGCUCGAGCUUGAGAUCAAUGUUUUCAUCGGAGCAGAAGAAGAAGGAGGAGCUAGAAGCUGCUAAUGUUACAAUGAGCAAAGAACUAAAAGCAGUCAAAUCUCGACUUGAAAGAUUGGAAUCUUUCUUUGUCCAACACUCGGCAGUCGAAGAAAAAUCCAUGUAA